AUGAAUAGUGCUAAUUUCAAUAAAGUUCGUGAUUAUCAAAAGGAGGCGCGAUUUUGGCCAUCGCCACCGAUCAAAAAAGAAAGUAGGUUUCUAUCCCUAUUCACCGUGGUAACAUUUCCAAACGGUGGUUGCACCGGUGCUUCCGGAGACAAUGGCACUUGCAUGACAGCAAGGGAGUGCUCCGCCAGAGGUGGUUCUGCGAAUGGAUAUUGCGCCAAUGGCUUCGGUCUUUGCUGUAUAUUUAUGACAUCAUGCGGUAGCAGUACCUCUGAAAAUGGCACAUACUUUGUGAAUUCUGGCUACCCUUCCACCUACGACGCCACGGGUUCCUGUGAACUUACCAUCAUAAAAUCACACCCUGAUGUGUGCCAAAUAAGGUAUGAUUUUGACCGUUUCACCAUAGCUGGGCCAGAGAGAAUUAACCACGUGUGUAAUCAAGAUCAGUUCAUCGUGUCUGGUGGUAACCCUGUUCCAGCCAUCUGCGGAUUCAACCAGGGUGGUCAUAUGUACAUAGACGCUGGAAUUGGUACCACGAAUCCUGUCAAACUUACUUUUGUCACGAGCGGGAAUUCCUUCGAGAGAUUAUGGAAAGUUAAGACUACGCAAAUACCAUGCAGCACUAUUUAUAAAGCGGAUGAGGGUUGUCUGCAAUACUACACGGGCGUUUCAGGACAACUUAAGUCCUUCAAUUACGACCCAACAUCAGGACGACAGCUCAGCAACCAGGAUUACGGGAUCUGUGUUAGAAUGGAAAGAAACUUUUGCGGCAUUCAAUACACAGCUUGUAUUGAUCCAGUAAACAAUCGCUCCCGAGCAUUUACUAUAAGCGGAAACAGCAACAAUCCCGUUAACGCAAUGAUUGGAUCUGGCGCUGGGCCAAAUAAUUGCGCCAACGAUUGGCUGUUAGUGCCAUGUGCUGCCAAUGUUGGAAGAAUUCAGCCAGCUCAAGCAUUAUGCACUGACAGAAUAUGUGGAGGAACUUUUUCAGCUGAUCUCUCAAUGCAGGCUUCUUCUGUCUUAAGCACGGUGAAGCCAUUCCGCCUGUGGUUUCACUCAGACAACGUUGAAGCUCCCGUGGACGUAGACAACAGAGGCUUUUGCCUCAACUACGUGCAACAACCGUGCACCAAUAGUGUUUUAUAAUUCUUCAUAAGAUUCACUGUUUUGAAUAAAUAAUUAUUAUA